UAGAAGCUGUAUUCUUUUGGACCAAUGGACGAUCGGAUCAAUUAGACAAUGGAAUUAUCCUGCUUUAGAUGUAUUGAGCAUACUUGGAAGUAUAACGAUAGUGUUAAUUUUCCAAAAUAUGCUGAUCGCGUUUAUAAAUGGUGGAUUUGGUAAAGCAAAUGAAGCAUGUCGCACAGUAGCUUAUAAACAUCGUGCUAAACUUGUUGCUGAGUAUGAAGCUUUAGAAAACCUUUUUGGUAACAAAAGAGGUCCUCGAUAUAUUUAUUAUAUACCUAAUCCUGAUAUUAUUGAUACCUGGCUUAAGGAAACCAAAAAGGAUGAGGAACAAGAAUUACAUGAUUCAAAAAGAUAUCGACAUAUGCAAAAUGAAAGUUCUUCAAGUACUAUGGAUUUAGAUUCUAUUGAACCUAGUAAAAUUAAAUAUAAUGAUAUAAUUGAUAGAAUUUCAUUUAUUGAUGACGAAAUUUUUGUUUUUACUUCUAAAUCGAACAAGGAAUCCGAAGAUCCCGGUCCAAAAAACGUUGAUGAUCAAUUAUCAUCAAUUCCAGAAAAUUUUAAUAGCCUGGAAAAUGAAUUUAAGGAAUUUACGACGAAGUUUGACCAAAAGUUAGAAACUAUAAUGAAUACUUUAAAUAAUUUAAAAAUCCCAAUUAGUUGUGUUAAGAUUUGA